AUGGGGCCUCGGCUGAGUUUGUGGGGCUGCCUGCGCCUCCAUCUCGGGGAAUUCCCCUCCUGCCUAAAAGUCAGCCCUGCCCAGCUCUUCUUCCUGCAGAAGCACAGUGAGCCGAGGCGCCUUCUCAGGCGGCAGCCCCCGCUGCAUAGACCCCGUCAUCUUCUCCUGCCCUUCCCCAGCUGGGAGUGCCGCGAGGGGUGGCCCGGAGGCUACUUAGGGGCCGGCCAGCGGGACGGGACUCUGACGGCCAAUCUGCAGACUCUCUCCGGCCCCCUGACCUCCGGUGGCUGCUGUUUACUUCGCUGGGUCCCACCCCGGCGGCUGCUGGCCAGCCCAGACGGCGCCUCGUGA